CCCUAACAUCCCAUCACACAGGAGCUGUCGUCCCUUCAGUUAGAUGUUCACUGAAUGAGCAAGAGGGGUUUUACACCGUUUAAAUCCGUCUGUGCGAUUUAAUCACGAGGAAGGAGAGUUAAUCCUCGACGAGCAGAGCAGAGAGAAGGAGCCACAGCAUGACAUGACUCUGAUGAAGAGCUGAGUUAGAGAAAGGAAUCUUUAAACCUUACCUUCAAAAGAAAAGUCAACAAAUUCCACUAUGGCUAAGCCCAGCUUUCUGUCCAUGAGGACUAUUGAAGACUCCCACCUGGAGGGCUGGGAGAUGAUUGACUCUGGAGGUUUUGGACACGUCUACAAAGUCAAGCAUCGUCAGUGGUGCUCCAAUGUUGCCAUUAAACUGCUUCGUUUGGAUGACAGUCAAACUUUGCUGCGAGAGAUCAACAUGAUGUAUCAAGGGAGCAGCCCGCAUGUCAUUCAGGUGCUCGGGAUCUUCAGGGGUCAACUGCCAUCUAACCCAUCAUCGACACAGCUUGGACUGGUCAUGGAGCUCAUGGAGAGAGGAUCGGUUGCUUUUCUACAGAAAACUUUAACUGGACCUCCACCCUGGCCAUUGGUCUUCAGACUGGCUCACCAAGUGGCUUUGGGGAUAAACUUCCUCCACUGUCUGUGCCCCCCUGUGCUCCACCUUGACCUGAAGCCCAGCAACGUGCUGCUGGACCCCUUUCUUAAUGCCAAGCUUACAGAUUUCGGCCUUUCCAGAUUUUACCACAGUAGCACGCGGCUUUCCAAGAAGGACACUGAGACGGAGGGGGGAGGGACACUUCCAUAUAUGCCACCAGAGGCAUUUGAUGUGAACUACAAACCUAAACAAGCCUCUGAUAUCUACAGUUAUGGCAUACUCUUAUGGUCCAUUGUCACAGGGAGAAAACCUUAUGAAUACGCAACAUCCGGCUUAGUCCGCCUUCUAAUCCCGGAAGGACAACGUCCAUCACUGGAUGAUAUCAGGAGCCAAGUGACGGGGGUGGCAGGUUUGGAGGUGCUGAUGGCGCUCAUGGAGAAAUGCUGGACAGGAAGCCAAAACCAAAGGCCCUCGUCCCAUGAGUGUACAACGGUGACGGAAGAAUUGUAUAAAGUGCACAAACAUGCAAUGGUUGACGUUGUCCAUCACGUGCUCAAGGAACUGGAUCAACAGGAAGAAGGUUUAGUAGAGCAAGUUCAGAAGGUUCACAUCUCCGAGGUGUCAGUGGGUGCCAGACGUGAGGAAGUGAAUCCGUAUAAUAGCGUGCUAACAGGGCCUUCACCAGUACAGGAAAUGGCUAGUGGGAGGAUGCCAAAUAAAAGACCCGAACCAAGACUCAAAGAUUCCCCUCCACAUCGACCAGCCACUAAGUGUGAAGUCGACCGGGGCAGCUCAGUGAUGGACUAUAAUGUAAAAAAGUCUUCCGUUUACCCCAUUUUAUCUUCACAGCCCACUCGUUCCAGUGUGCACUCAUCCCACAGCAGAGUACAAAAUAUGUUCCCACAGCUCUUACAUCGGUGUGCCAUCUCCAGCAUUUUGCCCUGCUUCCCCUCCCCGCCUUCACGUGAAUAUUACAUCAAGAUGAGCAAUGUGACAGGAAUUCAGUACGGCAACAGCAGCACCAUGCACAUCAACCUGCAUGAGAGGAGGCGGCACCCGACAGCACCCCCUAGUGUCAACUUCCCGUCCACACAACCAGGAAGUAGAUUGGACAAGAAAGGAAGCUGAAUCAAGUGAAGCAUUUUUGAACCUUUUCUUUGUUUUAAAACCAGUAAGAAAGCUCCAGCCCAGGAGCGUGCACAAACAAUUUGGGGGGAGGAGGGGGCCCCAGGAAAAAGUGGCAGACACCCACCCCACAAUUUACCACACCAGCAUUUAUCAUUACAAACUUUUCAUACUGUGCUGUUUUUAAAUUGCACUCCUCAAUGAAUCCUCAAAUUUGACAUAUUCUCAUAAAAUGUAUUCACCGUGCAAUAAUGAAGAGCUGUUCAGUCACAUCAGACGACUGAAUGUUUCAAGUA